AUGUCAGAUGUUAAAAUUGAGAUUGAUCGUACAACCACAGAUGGAACUUUUACAAAUCAUGAUAUCAUAAAAGGAUCAGUAACAUUAGUUGUUACAAAAGCAAUAACUUUGAAUUGGAUACAAGUUAAAUUAGAAGGUAUAUCGUCAACACAAUUAUCUAUACCAAAACAACUAAAUAAUAGAAAAGAUAGAGACAAGAAAGAAAAAUUAAUAAAAGAUGAUCACAAAGUAUUGUACGAUACUCAAAUUGUAUUUCCCCCGGAUAAUGUACGACAAGUUUCUCAAGCCAAAGAUUUUACUUUAGCCCCAGGUAAUUAUUCUUAUGGUUUUGAAUUUAAAAUACCAUUGAAUAAUUCAUGUGUUAAAAUGGGUGGAAUCACCAAUAAAGUUUCAUUAAAUCUUAAAACAUUUGAUGUCAUGAUAAAUAAUGGUAAUUUUAAUUCUACAUUUGUUAAAAAUAAGGCAAAUCAAUUUAUAAAUGAAUAUGGAGUACCUUUAAAUGGUUCAAAUCAAAAAGGAUCGAUAAAACCUCCACAAAAUCAGCAACAGCAUUAUCAUAUAACAUCCCAAUUGCCUCCUUCAUUAUCAGGUAUAGGAGAUUUUGCAAAAAUAAAAUACUUUUUAAAAGUUACUUGUAAAAGAUCAUCAUUUUUGAAGACUAAUUUAAGAGCAUAUGAUCCUUUUAUUUUUCUACCUUUGGAUUUGGAUAUGAAUAAUAGACCAUUAUUGGGUAAUCAAGAAUUUGAGGUAGACUAUAGAGAAGCAUUUGUUAGAAAAGAAUUAAUUUUCAGAAAUAGAAUACCAGAGAUUGUUGGCGUAAAAUUUCCUACAAAUUCAACAAGAAAAACCAAUGAGAAAAAAGCGUUACCUGCUGUACCUAAUAUAGCUCCGAAAAAACAAGGAUUAAUUCUGAGAUUGUUUGGAAGUGACUCGAAUGUUUCGUCUUCAUUAAAUACGUCAAAUGUUUAUUCACAAGCAUCUCAUCAAAUUCCACAUUCAAGUUCUGAAAAACCUCGAAAAUUUAUACCUGAGAUUAAUGCGAAGGAUGUACCGUUUUCAUUUGAAAUAAGAUUUCGAUAUCCUGCGUUUUUGAUACCUACAAAACCACCAUCUUUUAAGUUAUUUUUGAUUUCAAGCUUGAAUCCUCAAAGAUAUAGUUUAGCAGAAUAUGGCAAACCAGAUGAAUCAAAUGGAUUGGGGAUUAUAUACUUACAAAAACUUACCAUUACCCUUACAUCGACCACUUUAGUCUCAGUAGUAGAAAAUGAUGGAGCAUCGAAUGAGUAUCACAUGGGACAACACGAAGAAAGAAUUGAUAUUUGUAAUAACACCUACCAAAAUUUAAAAUUUGAUUUAAUGCAUAGUCAAUUGAAUAGAAACGCAUCAUCGGUUUCAUCAAAUAAUUUGAAUUCACCUACAAAUUCCAUAUACGAAAUUGAAAUUCCUCGUAAAUAUUUUGAUAAUUGUAUAUUACCUGAUCAUUUGUCCCCCAGUUUCAAAACAUGUAAUAUUACAAGAAAAUAUAACCUUAACAUAAAAGCUGGAUUUUCUUGUGAAAUAAUUAAGGACUUUAGGGAUAAAUCAGAACUUUCCAAAAAAAUUAAGUACGUUGAUUUACAAUGUGUCAAUAUCAAAGUAUUAAGUGGACUAAAUAUUACAAGCACGCUCCAUAACAACGCUUCUAGAAGUUCAAUACCUACUUUAUCACAAAAUUCAACUAGCAAUAACACACCACAAUUACAUACACCACCACCUACACUUCCCAGUAAAGCAUCAGAAAGACUGUAUUCUCACUCAUCAAUAAGUCCGAUGAAUCACAGCAGUCCCCAAAAUAAUGGUUCAUCUCAUAAUGAAUCUAAUGGACACAUACAAGAUCACGAGACAAAUGAAAAUUCCACGAAUGAACCAACGGCAAUGCUACCAACUUAUGAAGAUGUUGUUUUAGAAAGUUCAUAUCAAGACAAUAGUGAACAUCAGAGAGCUAGACGUAGGUAUCAACAACAUGAACAGUAUUAUUAUAAUUUAGAAUAG